UUUUUUCUUUUAUUCUACUCUUUCUAAAUAUCAAAAACAAAUCAACAGUUUUCUUUUUCUAUAGAUCAUCAUCAUGACCGUUUCUGUGGAUUAGCUUUUCUUCAUGCAUAUAGAUAUGGAUUCCUGGUCUAGCGAAAAAAGAAAGAAAGAAGAAACUGAUAGAUUAAGCAGCUUGCCAAAUCAUCUGAUUCAUAAAAUCCUAUCUUUUAUCAGUAUGAAAGAAACUGUCAAAACCAUAGCUUUAUCAUCUAGAUAUAGAUUUAUCUGGACUACACUGCCAUACCUUAAUUUCUCAACUGAAGAGUUCCUUAGGUUGAAAAAAUCGUCCAUAUUCGUCACACGUUAUCUCACUCGCCGUAAUAGUCAAGUAGAUGUGUCUUCUCUGAAGCUCUGUUUUCGUGGUAAGGUCACCCAGCCGUGUGUCAAAAAACUCAUGGAUUAUGCAUUUUCUCACAAUAUCCAACAACUUGAUGUUGAAUAUUUGCUUGAUAAUGACAUUAGAUCAUUUCCCUUGUCACUAUUUAACUCCGGCCAUUCUCUCAAACAUCUCAGCUUGAAAAAAGGAUUUAAAACGAAGUCGGCGCUGAAAUGUAAUCGCAACCUUGGCAUCAUGUCAACUUUGGACAUCCCGGGUUUAACAACAUUGUAUCUUCAAGGUGUCACUUUCUGGACGUAUUACCAUCGUGACAAUUGUGUUGGCCUUUUAUCCAAGUGUGCAAAUUUGAAAAAACUCACCUUAAAAAGCUGUGAAACACAAGGAAUGAAUAGUUUUAGUAUUUGUCAUCCUGGACUAUCUAAUCUCACUCUUGAUGAAGGACGCUUUAAUGUAAAUGUUGUAAAUGUGGUUGCACCUAAACUCGAGAAUCUGACUAUUAGAUGCAAUAAUAAUGGGAAUAGUGUGGAGUAUGUGAUUUCUGCACCAAAUCUUGACUCAUUGGCUUAUAGUGGUGACCAUCCUUUGCACCUUAAGUCUACAGAUCAUGGUUUCCAUCAUUUGAAGGAGGCGGAUAUUCGGGUUACGGGUCCAAAUGUUGCUGAUCAGGAUCAUCAAAUGGUUUGUCUGCUUCAGCAUCUCCACAAUGUCAAAUUUCUAACACUUAACUUGAAAAGUUUGGAGCUUCUUUUGUCAUCCAUGGACCUAAUAGCUCAUGAACAUUCUCCGUUUGUUAACUUAAAGAGUUUAACUAUUUAUCCUGAGGGGGAGAUGAGGGGCCUUCCAAAAGGAAAAGUCAAUUUGUCUACUGAAGUGAACAACUAUUUGCCGGAUACUUCACCAAGGGCCACCUUGACAAUGUUUUCCCGUGAGGAGAUUAUAGCAGUGAGGGACGUUGUAUCAGUGCAAAAGCUUAUGGCCGAAUUACGGGUGCUUUUAAAACAAGAGAUAGCUAAUACAAAGACCCAAAGGAAAGCACCGAUGGAGAGAAACAAUGCAAAAAUGCAUGACAAAGGAAAGGCGCAACCAGGGACUAAGAUGCAACUUCAAAUUGAAGGAAACAUCACACUGAUCAAGCGUUGUUGGAAAGAUUUGAGUGUGCAAUUUGAGCAAAGGAAAGACAAGGUUUGUCUCAUUAUUUCCAAGUUGGGGAGCAUUGAAGGAUUACUCAAAAAGCUGCCUGCAACAAACCGUACUAUGAUUCAACCAUGUUUUUCUAGUCUUUGUGCUGAGGCAGAUACCGUCUUAAGUAAAAUAAUGAAGAUGCAGUAUGAUGAGAAUCAAGGCCGUUUAAGUGUCUGUUUUCAUGAACUCGCUACAAGUACAACAUUUGAACCGUCUUCUUAGCAAAUUGUCCAAUGUUUUUUGUUAUUGCCCCGAUGAAAAGGAAAGCAGCUUUUUUGCACAAGUUGGAAGGGUAAAGUUAUAAACUCCUAGCAGAUAUGAACUCAAGUAGUAAAGCAUAUAUGCUUUUUUUUUGCUGAUAUGAUGCACACUGAUGACAUUAUCAUAUAUCAUAACAAACAUCGCUUUGUAUGUUGUGGCUUGCUCAUAUUUUAUGAUCAUAUGUGUAUGUGUUUUUACUUUUUGGUAUAAUGCCUAUACUAUAAGAAAUCUUUGAACAAUA